AUGCCACAGAAGAGAUACUCUUUGCCAAAAGGCCAUUUAGAUGGCCUUGCUGAUGCUUUGGCCAACAACAAGGAAUGCCGUGAGCGCAUGCUUCAGGGCCACACCCUCUUGCGUUGGCCGAGCCCGAAGCAGACGGGCAAAGUGACACAGAAGGCUUUGAAGAUGAAUGUGGACGUCCUGUUGGUUGUGGGUUCCAUCCUAUGCCCACAAUCCCCAACCCAGAUUGCGGUCAAUGUUGGCCCACCCAAGAAGGAGGUGAGAAAACUUCGACAGGACUUGAAGAUGGAGCCGGAUCCGGCCAAUGUCGUCUGUGAAGGCCAUGCCAUCAAGGGGUUUGUGACCCUCACCAACCGACGGCUGUAUGCUUCAAGCAAGCGACGUGACCCAGAGUUGCAGCGGGUCUAUGCGUUCUUCCGGAGUCAUUGGCCUGGCCCCGACAUCCUAGAUGAAGGAGAGCUGGAGGAUGAGCCGGGUGACGAUGCAUUGGUGGAAUAUGAGGGGGAUGAUAUAGGAGAUGAUGGCUAUGAGGAGCUUGAUGAUGAUUUCCAGGACGCCUUGAGUAACAUGGAGUUGCGUCAAUCUUUUUGGCUUAGCAGUGCUUCCUCGCAGCAUCCAGCAGAGCUGAUGAGUAGUGCUGACAACCCGACACCCGAGCACAAGGUCCCAGUGCCACCGUUGCAAACACCGACCGACCCGUCUCCCCCGUCGGCCCCAGCAUUGAAGAGAAAGGCCGCCUUUGUGCACAGCAGUAACAGGGAUGUGCGCCAGAAGCGCAUCGAGUAUCUAAAGUUGAAGAUCAAGGAGAUGCGGGCUGCCCGACUACGAAGGGAAGCUGAAGGUGAGUUGCCUGCUCAAGGAGUGCAUCCUUACCCGACCGACAUUGACAAUUUGGAGACACAGCCCUACGAGUGCACCCUUGAGAAGCAGGAUCCGACCCUUGAGAUGCCAGCAGCUGGCCCGGACACGGGGCCCGCGGCUUCUGUUGAAGUUCAAGACGAGGCCCCCGAAUUCCAGGGCGAGCCGCCGGCUUCUCCCGGAGUUCAAGACAAGGCCCCCGAAUCCCAUGAUGAGCCACCGGCUUCUCCCGGAGUUCAAGACAAGGCCCCCGAAUCCCAAGUUGAGCCACCGGCUUCUCCAGGAGUUCGAGACGAGGCCCCCGAAUCCCAAGCCAAGCCGCCGGCUUCUCCCGGAGUUCAAGACGAGGCGCCCGAAUCCCAAGACGAGCCACCGGCUUCCGAAGUUCCAGUCCAGGACGAACCGGUGGAGCCUGAGUCGUUCGAUGUUUUCGAUGCUAACGAUUCCUUGACACGAUUGGACCAGCAACAGCAGAAGGCUGACCAGAAGUCGGGUCGUGGGCGUGGCGGGCGUGGGCGGGGAGGACGUGGCCGUGGUGGGUCGAUGAAGCGACCAGCUGCGGCUGUGAAGCCGGCUGCCAAGCAGAAGACCGAGGGCCACAGUGACGACAAAGACGAGCAGGAGUCCGAGAAUGAGUCCAAUGCCGGAACAGUCCGUUAUGCUGAGCAGCUGGAGGGUGCUGCUGAGGGGAAGGAUACAAAGCCGAAGGAAGCCAAGGGCAAGUCUAAGCGAAAGAACGUUGCUUCGGAGCCAGCAGCCGGUGACAAGCGCACCGCUGAGCCCGCAGACGAGAAUCCUCAGAUGAGCAAAACCUUUGCUCGCAGGUAUUGCCCGAAGGGUGGCCCGAACAAAGAGAAGUGGACUGGAUUGCGUGCUGCAUACUAUGCAGCAGUUAGCAGUUGCAUUGUGUCCCCAUCGAAGAUGGAGGACCACUUCUUCAAGUUCUUCACGGCCUGGUACCCCAAGGAAACCUUGACGGGUGCGACAGCAGACAGGUACAAGUGCCUGGCUCUGCAGAUCGUGCCUGAGUAUUUGCAGCAGGAGGCUUUGAAGGAUCUUGUCAAAGAGGACGACUGUGAUGAGUGA